CUGUAGUCGAUGGUUUGUGUUCCUGUGGUUUAAUGGGAUUGUAGACUCUCCAUUCAAAUGAAUUAUAGAUAGGAAAACUGGGAUUAUUUUACAGGCUGUUUAAUCUCUUCCUCUUUUUUUUUUUUGCUCCAUGGUUUCAGCAUUCGUGGAAACGUGGAGCGAAUGAGUGCUACAAUCAAUGAACGCUAGAGUGCAGGCGGCCUAUCAGCUCAGAGAGCAAGAGAUGCCCUGUGGACCGGUUCACUAACAUGAAGCGUGCUCAGUCGACUUGACUCACUUCAGCCCCGCUGCCGCUGCCGUGCCCGCCUUUCCAGAAGCGUUCCCAUCCUGCUGAACACUGACAGACAUGAGGCUUCACCAGAGCUGCUCCGCCACCGCCUGACUCAGACUCGGUGCCCUCUUGCACUGAAGACAGCUUCAUCCCUCCAGCUUAGGGAGGGGGUGGUGGGGAGGACCAGUCAGACUCUGCAUCCUGGAACAUAUUACUUGCCAGAAAAAUACAACUCUGGUGAACACAGUUUGGGCGGGUUGUGUUUUUGCUGUGCUGGACCUUACCAUAGUCAGGUAGAAAAGUAGAUUGAUCUCAGUGAAAAGACUUUUUUUGGAAGUGCAGAAGAGGCCCCCCUUUGCUUCUUGAACCUCGGCUCACUGCUUUGAAUUCAAGGCGCAGGCACUUCCUCCUUGAUUUCCACUACAGAUCCCAUCAUGCCUCACUCCUUCCAGCAGAAAAAAGCUCAGCAGAUGCUCCUGCUGUGCCAAGGGGUGAACGGGAUGAGAAAAGACGGGGAAUCCGUGGUUUGGAAUCACCACAAGCAAAGUUUCCACGAACUUAACAAAAUGGCUUGCGCAGCAGACAGCUGCAUACAAUUCACACGCCAUGCCAGUGAUGUCCUGCUCAACCUGAACCGGCUGCGUAGCAGAGAUAUUCUCACAGAUGUCACUAUCUUGGUUAACAGACAGCAGUUUCGGGCACACAAGACCGUUCUCAUGGCUUGCAGUGGGCUGUUUUACACCAUCUUUACUGACUCCCACAAGUGCAACCUUAAUGCGAUCAGUCUGGAUCCGAAGGUGGACCCAGAGGGCUUUGCCAUCCUGCUGGAGUUCAUGUACACCUCCCGUCUCACACUAAAGGAGAGUCUGAUUAUGGCGAUCAUGAACACCGCCAUCUACCUGCAGAUGGACCAUGUUGUGGACACCUGCCACAGAUUCAUCAAGUCCAGUGAUCCGGCUGCCAAGCUGCCCAGAGAUGAGUUUUUGAUCAGUCCCUUGGUUCUACCUCAGGAUGUCCAUGCUUACCGGCCCCAUGAUGUUGUCGACAGUUUGCACAGCCGCGUGGCUCCAUUCAGGGAUGGGAGGCCCUACGGCUCAAACAUUUUCAACGGGGUCAGCACCCCCAGCAACUACCCAUUCUACGGGCAGUUUCCCAUGCCAGGAUUCCCUUUCCCUCUCUGCAAGUUGACUGAUGCCAAAAACACUUUUGCUGACCUCUCUAAGAGUGGGAUCCACCACAAGCAUUGUUCUCCGCAUGACAGCGCCAACCUCAUCAGGGCAGAAUACACCAGGGCGGUUGGCACUAGCUCCUCCAGCAUUAUUCACUCCACCACCUACGCUUCCAGGGAGGUAGCGAGAGACGACGAGAUGCGGAAGGAAAGCCACGAGGGGGUCAGCCAGUCUAUCGCUCUCGGCACAAGAAAGCGUGCAUUUCCUGUGCUGACCCUGGAGCACCAGAGAGACUCUGGAAAAGAUCACGCUCCUCAGGCAGAGGAAGACCUGAUCCAUCAGCACUACCCCCUGGGAAUCUCCUCCGCUGGACGCAAGAGCCUCAUGAGCAGCCCACAGAGCCCCCUCAAAUCAGACUGCCAGCCCAACUCCCCAACAGAGUCCAGCAGUAGCAAGAACGCCGGCCUGUCCCAAGCUGCUGGAGUGCAAGCUCCGCAAGGUACGCAGGACCCCAAAUCUCGCAACUGGAAAAAGUACAAGUUCAUCGUGCUGAAUCAGAGUGUUAAGGAAGACGAGGGGGGGCUGCGGGAUCCCGGGCUUCGUUCCCCUCAGCGCCUCGGCCUGCCGCCCUACCUCCACCCCAGCGACUCGGAGAACCUCGACCCACAAACCACAAGCAAGAGCAGCGAUCACAGUGAGGACCUGCCUGUGCCCCAGGCUAGUCGUCUCAACAACAUCAUUAACAGUGCACUGGAGGGGUCACUGAGGAACGGUGACAGCCACCCUCCACACUACUUGAGCCGCCUGAACUGCUCGACCUGCGGCACGCCGUCCCCAAAGCACUCCGAAGUGUGUCCCAACACCUCCAGGACCCGUCUGGCAGAGGACAUGGCUGAGCUGCACUCAGAAUACUCCGACUCCAGUUGUGAAAAUGGUACAUUCUUCUGUAAUGAAUGCGACUCCAAGUUUGCCGAAGACGAAGCGCUGAAACAACACAUGCUCCAAGUGCACAGCGACAAGCCAUACAAGUGUGACCGCUGCCAGGCUGCUUUCCGCUACAAGGGAAACCUUGCAAGCCACAAGACUGUCCACACAGGAGAGAAGCCGUAUCGCUGUAAUAUCUGUGGUGCUCAGUUUAAUAGACCCGCUAACCUCAAGACUCACACUCGCAUCCACUCAGGAGAGAAGCCAUACAAAUGUGAGACGUGUGGAGCUCGUUUUGUACAGGUUGCUCAUCUCCGCGCCCAUGUGUUGAUCCACACGGGUGAGAAGCCAUAUCCCUGUGAGAUCUGUGGCACACGCUUCCGUCACCUGCAGACGCUGAAGAGCCACCUGCGUAUACACACAGGAGAAAAGCCCUACCAUUGUGAGAAAUGCAACUUGCACUUCCGCCACAAGAGUCAGCUACGGCUACAUCUCCGACAGAAGCACGGCGCCAUCACCAACACAAAGAUCCAGUACCGUAUGUCGACGGCAGACAUGCCCACUGACAUGACAAAGGCGUGCUGAGCUGGGGGAAGGCAACAGUUUUAAUGGAGGCAAUCUUGACCUUGGCAUUUAAAGACCCCAACUUGUACAAUCAUCCAAAAUUGUAGUGCCACACUGUGUUCAUUAGACAAAUAAAUUGGCUGUGUACGCCAUUCUAAACGGGUUUCCACUACAUGUGAACGUAGAGCCACUUAUGGCAUCUUAGUCACUUUAUUGUUUCUAUAUAGAUAUGAAUAUAUAUAUGUAUAUGUCGGGAGUGUUUUUAAGCUUUGAAGGUACAUAUAUAAAGCUUUAUUUUGUUGAGAAGGAUGGAAUGUAAACUAAUCUGUUUUUUGAAAAUACAGUAUUUUAUAUCAGAGAACUUACUUUUCUGAAAGUAUUGAAAAUUUUGAUUGACGGGUGGUACAUAUAUUUUAAGAUUCCGAGAUUUGCGGCUGUAUAGAAUUGUCUAUACAUUUUUAUGUCGAUGUACGUACAUGUUGCACCAUGUCAAGUUGCCAUAUUCAUGUGACGAGGGAAAAAAAAAAGUCCUAAUGUAAUUGGAUUUAGUCUAAAACAUAUCAGAUGACUGCUGCUGUCUGAUGAGGUUAUGCAUGAGGUACUCUAUUACCGUUGCCAGUUGUCAGUGCACAUGAAGUGGACAACGGCAUAAAUAUUGUGACAUAUUGUGUAAUUAUAUCUGUGGGAUUGCUCUCUGCUGGCAGAGCCAAUCUAAGUGUUGAAAAUGCAUUUCAAGGUACUGCUUUGUUCUGACCAAGAAACUAUUUUGCUUUAAGUGUAUUUGUAUAGAUGUGACUUCUGUUUUUGUUCAUUCGUUUUCCAUAAGUGAAGGUUUACAGUUUUGUCCUUGUUCUAGAUCCUACAGUAAAGUUGUGCAAGUGUUGAUAUUUUUGGUUUGUACAUACACUGUGUAUUCAAUGUGCCUUUCUCUCUAUGGUGUCUGAAUUCCUCUCUAUUCAGCCCAGCUCUAUUAAGGUACAACUCAAGGACAUCACUUGUCCUACACCCCGUGUGUGUGUGUGUGUGUGUGUGUGUGUGUGUGUGUGUGUGUGUGUAUUUUUAAAUGCUUGUCACCAACCUUAAAACAUGCAAAUUCAUCAUUGUACAUCUUCAGGACUUGUUUUGGGAUUGGGCUUUUUUUAACUGCAUUAAAAUUAUUGUACAAUGGUAUAGAUGUAUGAAUGUAAAAUAAAGGUAUUGGAUUUCUAUGUAUUAA